AUGGCGUCCCUCAAAGCGGCCGUACUGCCAUCUCUCGGCACGAGCGCUCUGCUCUUCCUCGGAGCCUCUCGACGUCUGUCCAAUGGCUCCAGCCCUUCCUCUACGCUCUCCGCCCUCUGCUCAGUGCUGUCCACGCUCGUGUCCAUUGUCCUGGUCGUGACCCUCAGCCGCGUCUUGAACUUCCUGAUCCAAGUGCGGAGAGACCACGAAUCCCUCACCCAGCACGCCUCGUCUGCCGCUCGCGACGACCUUUUACACGCUCUCGACGACAAGUGGUUCCAUACGAAGCGACAGUCCGUCAGUCGUAACCCUAGACCGCUACUGGAUCAAACAGAGUCUUCCAGUUCGCGGUCCUCAAAUCGUAGUAACGUUUCGAGUAAUUCGCUGUUCGAACAGGUAAAAGGGACGUUAAAAGACCACGACUUCAGCCUUUAUUACAGGGAACGUGCUUCAAUCUACCUGCUGAACCCGGCGACAGGGUCCUUCUUACGGACCACGCAUCAACGAAAGCUCGCGUUCACGUCGAAGCCAACCCCAGCGUGUCUUUUCCAAGUCAUUCAAGCGACAGCGUCGCAGUCAUCGUGGAGUUUCUUUUCGGUUCCGGCCCAGCGAUUUAUUGGUCAAAACCUCAUGCAGAAACUCGUUGCGAACAGCAAAAAGGUGCACGCGUGGGAGACGUUUCAAGUUUUGCAGCACUUGGACGCGCCCGCGACCAGUGAAAACUGCAGUCCAGCGGUGUAUCUCCUAUUGAGUGCUGCUCGAUUCGGAAAAGGCAUGUGGGUCGCUGACAAAACGGGCUCUCUCUCUCGCUUUUCCCAGUCAUCAGGACCUCAAAAGAGCAAAAGUACUAAAAGUUUGGAAACUGGAGCAGGAUUGCAAGUCAAUCGAGCAAUUGGGGCUCAACGUGGCGUCUACUUGUCCAAACAAUUUGAUCACGCAAUUAGAUUCGUCUACAGCUCGGAUUUGGAAGCACUAUUGGCUCUAUCAGCUCAAAUUGGACGACGAUCAGUGAGAAUGGGAUGUGAACCCAUUUCGAGGGAUUUCGUCCCUAUAGCUCCGACAUCACCUCGCUCAAUUGGAACAUUGCUCCAAGCUAAAGACGCCACAUUUCACGUGCCAAUGCUUGCGAGAUGGAAUCGUGGUGAUGUGCGUCUACCGUGGCUUGAUGCUGCUGCCACGAACGCAGCAGCUACCGAUUCAGGACAGACGCAACCAUUUUUGGAAACACCUGAAGCGAUUAUGAGUGAAAUUAUGACUGCAACGGUCCCUGGUUCGACUGUGAGCGACUUUCUCGAGAUUGUAGCUCCACGCCAGAUACGCGUUAAAUGCGCGAUUGACCGGUCAGCACUGAUAAAAUCUGGCUUACUUGAUACUGUCGCAGCAACUCCUGUGUUGAAUGUGAGUAGGUAUAGAGAAGAAAAAGGCUGUUAUGACUUGCUUUGUGACUGGCACGCGCAUCCACGCUAUGGAAUGAUACGUGCACUUUGCUAUCGCGCUGAUGCUGGUGCCGUGUCCAACAUCCAACGUCCAAGUGCUGGCAAUUGCAGGGGCCCUGCGAAAAGUGCUGCAUCAAACAAUUUAAAGGCGGCAAUUGUAGAGCAGUAUCACUCGUGCACAGUUGACACUGAUGAUGACUUGGUGGAUAGUAUGGAUGAACGAGUUUCGCAUAAGGCCGCACUGCGGACCAAGAUGUAUACUCGUGGCAUUCCGUAUAGCAAUUGUUUUUCGAUUGAGGUGCUUAUGGAGGUCGAAGACAUUCCGUUAGAUGACAAGGAUGCAAAGAGGCAAGCGUGUCCAAUGAGCGAUGCAAUCAUGUCUUGUCUACCAGGUCAAGAGGUUAAUUCGGCCUUACAAAUUCGGUGGCGAGCAAGCGUUGUUUUCUCAAGACACAUAAAGCUCAAGGCACAGAUUGAGCGUGGGGCUCUAAACGGCGUUCAAAGCAGUUGUACAUCAAUAUUAAAGCUGCUGCAAAAGACAAGUGCAAGACACCGCGUCGUGUCACCAGGUGAGCGACAGAAUCCCAUCUUGAACGCCGAUGGCUUCGACAAAGCGGAAUCUACGAACUGCAUUACCGCUUUGGCAGCAAACAGCAACUCGUGUUCAUCGUUCGUUCGAGGCGCACGGGAAAAGUGCCACAGGCAUCAGGAUUUGGUUAUGCUGCCUCAAGCAUUUGCUCUCGAAGCUAUUAAGGGCCUUGUAUCUGCGAUUGCGGAUACGAAUCUGCUUUCGGACAAUCUUAGCACCUUACCGGUCCAGCUACCGUGGAGGUCAUUUACCUGUCGGCAAUCCUCGGUACGUCCUAAGCCUCUGCAUGCAGUAGCAGCUACCAUGACUGCUAUUCCUUUUUUUGAAAGCAAACCGGAGGCGUUUGUGGGGGUUCUUGACGAAGACUUGGGCAGUAAGGUGACGGCAGCACUAUUUUUUGAGGCGUUACUGUCAGAUGCUUUGUCUUAUUUCCGCCUUCCUCACGCUGAUAGUGGCACGAGGGAGGUGGAUAUAAGUGCCUGGCGAGCCAUCGUAUCACCUGGACAACCAUAUAAGCGAACGAACGGAUACAUACGCAAACAGGUGUUUCGAAUGCCACUGAAUGGAAUACCCGGAGUUGAAGUAGCACGAGUUGAGGAUUUCCAGUACUAUGCAUUUGUUAAGGCUUGGAAUCACGAUUCGCCGGCACCGGUAGUCGCGCAAUACAAUAACACUCGUAUUGGCGAUAAACUAGAAAUCUGCAAUGGAAGUACCGAUGCUUCUCAAGUCCCCACGGGGUGUUUACCUAUCCAGAAUGAGGAAGCAAACGCUCGUAAAGUGAAGCACUACAGCUUACACCAACAGCGUCUUGAGUUUGGUAUGAAGCUUUUCGUUCCUGCGUUGCCUGGAGGGUCUCUUUUUUCGAUCGAAGUAUUGGCAAUUGUGGAGCCUGCAAAGAACGACUCGUCCGACCACUCUCUUCGCGUCUUCUUUGCAACACCAUCGCAAAAUCGGCACCCUCAGGUGCGGGAACACGCCGUCGACAAUCGAUAUGUGGUGGAUGGUAUUUCGCGAGGGCUAAGGCAGAUUUGGAAGCAAAUAGCGCAGACAAUGACGGAAGUCUGCGAAUCAAAUCGUGACUUCUUUGACCAACCUCGUCAAGGUCAGUCUUCUGUGCACACGUCUCACGGAUUCAACAACGAUGAAAUGUGCUUGCUACGAAGGUUACGGACCAACCUGGAUUUGCCAACGCAUGAUGAGCUAGCCUCCCGAUUGGUUGAAGCGAUUGCAACGGCGUACAGUCGAACGAUAGAUCGCAAAGCACACGCAGAAUGUUAA